GCGGCACUGACGAGCCACAGCCACAAACACUCGCCGGACUGCGCGUGCGCGGAGAUCUGACGGCCAACAUGGCGGCGAGUAACGGCGGCGGAAUGGAGGUGGACGCUACAGCGAGCCCCAGUGUGAUGGCAUCUGGUGUGACCGGCAGUGUUUCUGUGGCUCUGCAUCCGCUGGUGAUCCUCAACAUCUCAGACCACUGGAUCCGAAUCCGCUCACAGGAGGGACGAGCCGUGCAGGUUGUCGGAGCUCUGAUUGGUAAGCAGGAGGGCAGAAACAUCGAGGUGAUGAACUCCUUUGAGCUUCUGUUUCACACUGUGGAGGAUCAGAUUCACAUCGACAAAGAGUAUUACUACACUAAAGAGGAGCAGUUCAAGCAGGUUUUUAAGGACAUGGAGUUUCUGGGCUGGUACACGACGGGCGGCUCUCCAGACCAAUCAGAUAUCCACAUUCAUAAACAGGUGUGUGAAAUCAUCGAGAGUCCACUGUUCCUGAAGCUCAACCCCAUGACCAAACACACGGACCUGCCGGUCAGUGUGUUCGAGUCUGUGAUCGACAUCAUCAGCGGAGAGGCCACAAUGCUGUUCGCUGAGCUGCCGUACACACUUGCCACAGAGGAGGCCGAGCGCAUCGGGGUCGAUCAUGUGGCCAGAAUGACGGCUACUGGAACAGGAGAAAACUCCACAGUGGCGGAGCACCUCAUCGCUCAGCACAGCGCUAUAAAGAUGCUGCACAGCCGAGUGAAGGUCAUUCUGGAGUACGUCAAAGCUGUGCAGGCAGGUGAAGUCCCCUUUAAUCAUGAGAUCCUGCGUGAGGCCAACGCUCUGUGUCAUCGCCUGCCGGUCCUCAACACACUCAAGUUCAAGACAGACUUCUAUGAUCAAUGUAAUGACGUGGGUCUGAUGGCGUAUCUCGGCACCAUCACCAAAACCUGCAACAGCAUGAACCAGUUCAUCAACAAGUUCAACGUGCUGUACGACAGACAGGGCAUCGGCCGGCGCAUGAGGGGGCUGUUCUUCUGAACACACACACACACACACACACACACACGUCUCUGUCAUGCUUUCACAGACUGUUCACAGUAAUAAACAGAAGUCAUUGAUCAGUGAUGCGCUACUGCAAGUGGACCACCGGCCAUCAGAGCAGUCAGCCUGCGCACGCGUUCAGCUCAGUAAACACACACACACACACACACACAUCUGCUGAUUUACACACUUUAUUUAUCUUACUGUCAAUCUUGCUUUUUCCACACAAAGUGAUUAAACAUUGAAAUAAAAGUCAACAGAAGUAAAA